UUAUUUUAUUAUAUUACGCGUAUAUUCAUCGUAUUAUUGCUACAUAUCAAUACUAUGAACAUUUAAUAUUAAUAUAUUUUGCAUAAAAUUAUAUAAAAUAAUAUAUGCUAAAUAAAACUUUGUACUUUUUAUAAAAUAUACUAAUAUAAUAUAAUACAUAUAACAUACACUAGAAUAUUGUUGACGCAUUUCAACUAUGUAUAGUCUUUAAUAUUUGAAUUUAAAGUAUCGCAGUUUUAUAGAACAUUGCCUAUUAUGUGUAUGGUGCAGUGUACUGGUUUCUAACCUUACUAAGUCGUAUUAGUGUUUAAUAACAGUUUCAGCAUUGGCUACAGUGAAAUUUUGUUGUCUUGUUAAUAAUUAAUGCAAAUUGUUGUUAUAUGUAUAUAAGCAGAGAAGAGUGCAUAAAAGCAUAACGUUGAUUAAGUAUUCAAACAAUAAUGAAUUUGUGCUUUCUGAGAACUUGCAUUAUAGAAUUGAAAAUUAUAUCAAAACAUGCUAGAUGUUUACAUUACUUGAAUAGUUCCAGAAAUGUUUUAAUAUCACUUAGAUCAACAAAUACACAUACUAAUUUGUAUGAUUUUUCACCCAAAUCGUAUAAUAUAAAUAAGUAUUUUACUGGUGAUGUAUUGUUAAAAAGUAAAGACCGACCUAGCAAUAAAAAAUCAGUGGUACAUGUUAAUCUUAAUGAAAUAUCUGACAUUGUAAAGGUAGAACGUAUGAUGUCACAAUUUGAUGGAGCAAUUGAAAAAUAUAAAGAUGAAAUGGUAAAAAACUUAGCUGUACGUACGAGAGUAGGUGCUGUUGAAGAGUUGACUAUAACAUUCGAAGAUGAAGAACAUCAUCUCGAAGAGCUUGUAGAUAUUAAUCGAAAACCUAAUAUGGUAUUGCUCAAUGCAUCUGCAUUUCCACAAAUAAUCCCAAAUAUCUUAGAAGCUUUAUCAAAAUCGAAUAUGAAUUUAAAUCCACAACAAGAUGGUACAAUAAUUUAUAUUCCAUUACCUAAAGUCACAAAAGAACAUAGGGAAAGUUUGGCAAAAACAGCAAAACAAUACUUUGUUAAAUGCAAAAAUAUUAUUAGUGAUAUAAGAAAUGAACAUAUUAGAGACUUGAAAAAGAAAGAAGGUUUACCAAAAGAUUUAACAUUUAAAGCUGAAAGUUAUGUAAGUGCUAUACAAAAACAAUAUGUAGAUAAAGCAGAGGAAUUGCUGAAAGCAAAACAGAAAGAACUUUUAGAUGAAAAUAUAUUACCUAAAGGAAGAUGAAUCCAUACAAAGUAACCACCUUCUGGUCUUUUAUAUGAACAGCAUCGUGAUUUAUAGGAUGGUACCAGCCUGAUUAAAUAUGCUGAGUAGAUAUGCUAAAAUAUGAUUUUCGCCUUUCAAAGAUAAUUUUACAAACAUGCAUUGAUUAUUAUUCGACUGAGAAAAAAAUAAACUCGCUAUGAUAGUACCUGUGACCAUUUUCAUUAAUGGAAAUUGUCUGAAAACAUCUAAUGCUGUCAUGAUCGUUGUAACGUCUGCUCAAAAAUUUUGUCAAUUCUUCACGACACUCCCAUAAGCCUGCCGUGAUGCCAUAUUGAAACAGAUAAUACUUUCCUUCUUUCUUUUCUUCUUCCUACAACAAAAUAUAUUUUAACAUAUAUUAACAAUAAAACAUAUUAAAACGUGUGAUGCA